AUGAGAUUUGACUUGUCAAUUCUAUUUAUUACAAUAUGUCUCAAUUUCCACCUGGUUUUAGCAAUUGAUCUAGUCAGCAAUUAUGAUUUAACUCCAAUAAGUCAAAUCUUCAACAACAUCUAUCAAUACGUAUCACGGACACUCAACGCAUCUCAGUUCAAAAGUUUCCAAUUUUUGAAACAAGUUACAGACGAAACAAGUUUCACGGAUUGGUUAAACUUUCAAAGAUCAAAUACAAUUCAUUCAAUAAUAAAAAAUAUAUUACCUAAUGGAGCCAUAGUUGCCUCGCCAUCAACAUCAGAUCCCAACUAUUAUUAUCAAUGGACAAGGGAUUCUGCUUUAUCGAUAAAGACAUUGAUUUUUUAUAUUCAAGAUUAUUAUAAUUCAAUUAUACCCAACACUGAUGUUAAUUCUAUAUUAAAUAAAAAAAUCAAAGAGAUUGUGGAAUUAUAUAUAAUACAUAAUUAUUAUUUACAAAGACUACCCAAUAGACUGGGGACUUUUGAAGAUUUAAGUGGAUUAGGAGAGCCAAAGUUCAAUGUUGAUAUGACAGCAUUUGAUGAAAAUUGGGGAAGACCACAAAGGGAUGGUCCUGCGUUACGAUCAAUUACAAUAUUAGAAUUUAUACAUUAUUUAAAUCAAACUGAAACAGAAUUUGAUGAUCAGAAACUUAAAAAUCGCACUUUUGUAUUUAAUGAAAUUAUAAAACCUGAUUUAGAAUAUGUCAUAAAGUACUGGGAUCAGAAAGGAUUUGAUUUAUGGGAAGAAGUUGAUUCAAUACAUUUUUAUACAGAAAUGGUUCAAUUAAAAGCUUUACAAUUAGGUUUUGUAUGGUUUGACUAUUAUAAAGAUAAGAUAGAAGGAGUUGAUGAAACGUUUUUAAGUGAUCUUUUAUCGACGUUUUAUAAAUUAAAAUCCAAUAUUAAUAACGAUUUUAAUUUUAUUAAUCAUGAAAAACAUCAUAUUGUUGAGAUCCCAUCACUUCUAAUAAGUGGAGAAAGAGGAGGUUUAGAUAUUGCAACAACAUUAGGUGUGAUUCAUACUCAUGAACUUGAUUUUCUUGAAAAAUAUUCUUUUAAUAAUAUCCAUGAUUUACAAAGUUUUAGAAUCCCUUUUCAAGUUAAUAAUACUUAUGUUUUAAAUUCAUUAAAAUUUUUGAUAGAUGAUAUGCAAAAUAGAUAUACUAUAAAUCAUAAUCCAAAUCAACCCAAAGAUAAUGAUAGUGCGUCAAUAAUUGGAUGUGGACUAGGAAGAUAUCCGGAAGAUAUUUAUGAUGGACAUGAAACAUCAGAAGGUAAUCCAUGGUUCUUGGCUACUUCGACAGCAGGCGAAUUAAUAUAUCAAUUAAUUUUUAAUCUACAUAAAUUUAAAUUGAAUUUGGAGAUAAAUGAACUAAAUUAUGAAUUUUAUAAACCUUUCAUAAAAAACUAUGAAACCAAUAAGCAGUAUUCAAAAGAUAUAAUUCUUAAAUACAAUUCAAUCGAUUUCAAUGAAACAAUAACAAAUUUAUUCAAGUACGGUGAUUCGUUUUUAGAAGUAGUAAAAAGACAUUCAAAUAAAGAAACAGGUAACAUGUCAGAACAAUUUAACAGAUAUACUGGGUUCAUGCAAGGUGCAAAAGAGUUAACAUGGAGUUAUAGUGCUUUGUGGAAUGCUAUUCGUUGGAGAGACAAACUUGUAUCAAUAUAUGGCAUUUGA